CGACGAGGUCUGGGAAUGAAUGGAUUCUGUCGUCUUCGCAGGUCUGGAAAAGAUGGACAUUUGGGCCGAUUGAAGACGCCACGAUCCACAGAUAAUAAUAGAUGAUCGGCGAUUCGAUAAGACUCGUCUCACUAGUCUCAGACCUCCUGUCAGUUAUUGCGACUGCCUGCUCCUCCUCAAUCUGUCCUUAUCCUUCGUCUGCUCUGGAUAUUCUGGCCGUCAAUGAGGCGCACAUGUGUUGCUAUCCCUUGCUGAUUCAUUCCUUCUUCUUUCCUUUGUAAUCAGGCCAUGUUGAGCCUCUUAUCCGGUCUCUAGUAAUUAGUUCUUCUGACUCUCCCUCCCUCUCUUCCCCCUCUCCCUCCUCUCUUCCCCCUCUCUCCUCUCUCCUCUCCUCUCUCCUAUUUUAUUCAAGGGAGAAGAAAUGACAACCCUCGUGCCGCCCGCACACUUCGAAGACGACUUUGAUGCCGAAGACGCCCCCUUUCUCGAUCACGGAGAUGCAGCGCGCCCAGCAAGCGCCGGGCACGGGCACACGCCCUCGCCAGAGCUGCGCACUCGUCUGAUGAUCAUUCUAUUCGCCAUGAUCAUGACCAUCGAGAUGGGCAUGCCCAUGGUCCACGGCCCAAUGACCCGCAUCUUCGAGGCCAUCGCUUGUCGCGACUACUGGGCCGCCCACGACCCCAGCCAGAUCCCCGCCACGGGCGAGAUCCCCGAGGAGCUGUGCAAGGUGACGGAAGUGCAGGCCGAGGUCGCCAUCGUCAAGGGGUAUUCGGAGUUCUUCGAUGGCCUGCUCAGCGCCAUCCUCGCCAUCCCCUACGGUCUGCUGGCGGACCGCAUCGGGCGCAAGGCCACCAUCUGUCUCGGCAUCCCCGGCUUCGCCAUCAACAACCUCAUCAUGCUCGUCGUCAUGUGGUUCCCCAACGUGUUUCCCCUGCGCGCCACCUGGUUCUCCUCCCUGGGCUGGCUGUUCGGCGGCGGGCCCGUCGUCGCCUUCGCCAUCAUCUGGACCAUGAUGGCCGACGUCACCACCGACGCCCAGCGCGCCUCCAUCUUCUUUCAGUUCGGCGUCGCCGGCAUGGCCGCCGACUUUGUCGCCAGCGCCGCCAGUUCCCUGCUCAUGGCCUUCAAUCCUUGGAUCCCCUUGCUCAUCGGCUACGGCGUCAUCUUCCUGGGCAUGCUCUUCGCCGUCUUGCUGCCGGAAACCCUACACCUCCCGUCGAAGGAUCAGCAAAAAGAAGAAGACGUUGAACUGUCGGAUCUCGAUGAAGCCGCCAUCAAGGAAUCCCUACACCACACCCAUCCAUCAUCAUCAUCAUCAUCAUCAUCAUCAUCAUCAUCGUUACCAUCUUUAUUCUACGGCAUCACUCACCCCUCGUCCGUCUUCUUCGCCCUCCGCAACAAAGCGCAAGCCACCAUCUCCCCAUACAUGUUCAUCUUCCGCAACCGACAGGUCUUGCUCCUGCUGUCCGCCUUCCUGGUCUACCGGCUUUCACGUGGCUCCUCGUGGUUCCUGGUGCAGUACGUGUCCACGCGGUUCGCCUGGCCGCUGGCGCAGGCGAACCUGCUCGUCUCCUUCAAGCCCGCCCUCAACGUGCCGUUCUUCAUCUUUGUCCUCCCUCAACUCUCGAAACGCCUCCUGCUCUCCAUGUCCCCCCCGCUGAAAGAUCUUCGCAUCGCCCGCGGCAGCAUCAUCUGCCUGAUCGUCGGCACCCUGGGGAUCGGCCUCUCCCCCUCCGUUCUCCUGCUGGCCCCGAGCUUACUCGUCCAGUCCGCCGGAUCGGGCUUCAUGUUCGUCACCCGCUCCCUCAUCACCGUCAUGGUCAAGCGCGACGAGACCGCCCGUCUCUACACCUUCAUCGAGGUCCUGCAGGCCGUCGGCAACGUCGUCGCCAGCCUCACCAUCACAAACGUCUUCAAGCUCGGCCUCGAGAUCGGCGGCGUCUGGGUCGGUCUCGCCUGGAUGAUGACCUCCGGCCUCUUCGCUCUCGUCGGUGUCGCCGUUUUUGCUUUCCGCUUACCGCCGGGCAUCAGAGAGGAGCCCAAGGAAGAUAUCGACUGAUUGGCUAUAUAUAUUAUUUCUAUAUUCAUCUAUAUAUUUCAUUUUCUUCUCUUUACUUCUGCUCUUUCACUCGUGUACUCGUAUUCAUAGAAUUACUUCAUCAAAACAACUAACUCACAG